GCUCAUCCCGUUUUUUCAGUACACAGCAGCAGAGAAGUUCCUUUUCCUGGAGAUUGAACCGUUGGAUUGUCGCGAUUUUUGGAAAGCAGCUACACAACAUCUGAGCCAACAUUCUGGACGGUGUAGAUCGAGUUUUGAGGUCCGGGGGUCGGGUUUCGUUGGUCUGGACAGUAGCUAUUUUUCUGGGAAUCAUAAAUCAACUUGCAGGAAUGAGUAUCAAGUUUGAAGAUGAGAUACAAGGUUUGUGGCUCCUUGGCACUUUACCGGACUCAUGGGAGACUUUGAGGACAUCAUUGUCCAACUCUGCACCAGAUGGUAUUAUCACCAUGGAAUUAGCUAAAGGCAGUAUUUUAAAUGAAGAGAUGAGAAGAAAGUCACAGGGUUACUCUUCACAUUGUGAUCUCUUAGUUACAUAAGGCAGGGGGAGAAGUCAAAGUAGAGGUCCAGGUAACAAAGGGAAGCAUUGAAGUAAAUCCAAAGGAAAUUUUGCUGAUUUUGAGUGUUAUCAUUGUGGUAGAAAAGGCACACAAUACGAUUUUGCAGGGAGUUAUAAAAGGAGAAGAAGAAGAGCGAUUACAGCAAUCAAAAGAACCAUAAGAAAGAUGAGAGUGAUAAUGGAAAUGCUGAAGUUAACUCUACUACCGAAGAGUUUCUUAUUUGUUGUGAUCUUGAUAUGAUCAACAUUGCACAUGAUGAUUUGAGCUGGGUUGUUGAUAGUGGUGCUACGUGUCAUGUAACAUCACAGAGGGAUUUUUAUUCAUCUUACACUCCAGGUAACUUUGGAAAUGUUAGGAUGGGUAAUAAUGGACUAUCAAAGAUUACAGGCAUCGGAGAUAUUUGUUUGAAGUUUGACACCGGGAUAAAGCUUGUUUUACAUAAUGUAAAACAUGUUCCAGAUAUGAGACUUAAUUUGAUCUUCGCGGGCUUACUUGAUGAUGAUGGUUACAACAACAACUUUGGUAAGGGAAUAUGGAAGCUCACUCGUGGUUCUUUGAUCGUGGCUAGAGGUAAAAGAUGCUCAAACUUGUACAUGACACAUCCGAAGAUUUUCAAGGAUAGGGUCAAUGUUGUGGUGAAUACUUACAUGACUGAUUUAUGGCAUAAGAGACUUGGUCACAUAAGUGAAAAGGGGAUGUCUCUUUUGUUGAAGAGAAAUGUGUUACCGGGUGUGCAUGAUAUUCAUCUAAAGAAGUGUUCUCACUGUUUGGCAGGUAAACAGAACAGGGUUUCCUUUAACAGCAAUCCUCCUUCCAGGAAGGAAAAUAUACUUGAUCUGGUGCAUUCUGAUGUUUGUGGUCCUAUGAAGAAGACUAUGACACUUGGUGGCUGCUCCUACUUUGUCACAUUCAUUGAUGAUCACUUCAGAAAGGUAUGGGUUUAUACCUUGAAAUCUAAAGAUCAAGUAUUUGAAAUGUUUAAGCAGUUUCAUGCCUCAGUUGAGAGACAGACUGGGAAGAAGCUCAAGUGUAUUCGGACAGAUAAUGGAGGUGAAUACAUUGGCCCAUUUGAUGCUUAUUGUAGAUAUCACGGUAUUCGACAAUAAAAGAGUCCUCCCAAGACACCACAGUUGAACGGAUUAACAGAGCGGAUGAACAGAACUUUGAUGGAGCGUGUCAGAUGUUUGUUGUCACAUGCAAGGCUGCCAAGUUCAUUCUGGGGAGAAGCUUUGAAUACAGCGGUACAUGUUAUUAAUCUAACUCCUUGUGUUCCUUUGUCUUUUGAUGUACCUGACAGGGUUUGGAGUGGCAAAGAUGUUUCUUACCGCCACUUAAGGGUCUUUGGAUGCAAAGUUUUUGUGCACAUUCCUAAAGAUGAAAGGUCAAAGCUUGAUGUGAAUUCCAAACCAUGUGUUUUCUUGGGUUAUGGCCAAGAUGAGUUUGGUUACAGAUUAUAUGAUCCAGUGCACAAGAAACUUACUCGAAACCUAGAUGUUGUGUUUGUUGAAGAUCAGAC